GUGUGAAAAGUGCAAUGAAUUUUGCGAGUGUCGCGGGUAAAUGCAGACGGAUUUUCAAACAAAAAGUAGACUUUUAAAGUCAAAGCCAGCAACAACUAAGGACAACAAUUACAAGGUCACGCAUAAAAUAUUUCUGCUGCCAGCGCUCAAUGUUAAUUAGUGAAGUUUGUGCGAUGCUGGACUAAAAUCAACUUUUGGACAAGUAAAACUAUAAGCAAAUUAUUAUAUUAAAAUAAAAUAUUAUUUGACAAGUCAACAAAGUGAAAAUAAUGCAAAUAAGUACAGCCGAGUUUAUUAAAAGAGUAAAAAGUAAAUAAGUCAUUUUUUAAUAGUGCUUGAGUCGAUCGCUGCGUUUGGUUCUCGUUCGUUUUCUUAUGGCGUUGCUGUAGUUCGUUAUUUUCGCGAAGUUUCUCCACUGCGAAAAGUGAUCGUGUGUGUUAAAUUUUGUGCAGUGCGUAAUUAUGCGUCGUUUGUUUGAUCGGUCAAUGAAAAUCGCGUGUUAAGUAUUUAAUUAAAAUCGUUCAGUUUGUCGGUAGUGUGUCAAUGAUUAGUGUUAUUCAUUAAAAUGUGCUGUGAAAUCGUGUGUGAAAAUAAAUUAGUAUUAAUGAUAGAACUAGUAAUAAAGCAAAAACUAAUGUGCAGACUGACUUUUCAUGAGUGUCCAUGAUGUGAGCUGAUAUAAAGAGAUUUUCGGAGACGAAUAUGUGUUAUUGGGCACUUGAAAGCAUCUAACACUAAGUGGAAACAACUAUUAACUAAAGAUAACAGUUACAUGUUCACCCUGUAAACAUUAUUUGGGUAGCUAAACCUUUGUAGUAAAAACAAAAAGAGAGUGCGUUAAAAAAUUAAGAAAAAAUAUUAAUAUAUUAAUUAUAAAAUACAAAACGCGAAAUUCAAAAAAAAUAAAAAAUUAAGUUAUGUGUGGUUCGGGUUUUUCCGUUUCCUGCUUCGGUUUUCAGUUCGUAAAAUUUAAUAAUUUUUACAUUAUAUCAUAUUACGGAGUCUAUGUUAUUUUAAAGAGUUCGUUUUGCUUGUCGGUAGUGUAUCAGAGUAUUGCAUAGUGUGUAUUUUUCUGCUUUUAUUUUAAUGAAAUAUUGCUAUGGAAUCAUGUGUUAUUGUAAUGCAAUGAGAUUCAGCCAAACCGCAAAUUGGAAAAUUCCGGCCUCAUAUUGGCAAUCAAAAAAAAUCUACAGGCAUACAAAUGGCGAUAAUCCACGCAUUAUCGAACACCCUAUGGAUAUGACAGUGCCAAAAAAUGAUCCCUUCACAUUUAAUUGCAAAGCAGAAGGUGAUCCAACACCAUCAAUACAAUGGUUUAAGGAUGGGCAUGAAUUGAAAACGGAUACGGGCUCACAUCGGCUUAUGUUACCAGCUGGCGGUUUGUUCUUUUUGAAGGUGAUACAUUCACGUCGUGAAAGUGACGCGGGCACGUAUUGGUGUGUGGCAAAAAAUGAGUUCGGUGUGGCACGUUCGCGCAAUGCCACGCUACAAGUUGCAUUUCUACGCGAUGAAUUUCGCCUCGAACCGCAAAAUACACGCGUCGCGCAAGGCGAAGUGGCGCUGAUGGAGUGCGGUGCGCCGCGCGGCUCACCAGAACCGCAAAUUUCUUGGCGUAAAAACGGACAAACAAUGAAUUUAAGCAGCAACAAACGCAUACGCAUAGUCGACGGCGGUAAUUUGGCCAUACAGGAUGCGCGUCAGUCGGACGAUGGGCGUUAUCAGUGCGUGGUGAAAAAUGUGGUGGGGACACGUGAAUCCGCAACGGCGUUUCUAAAAGUGCAUGUGCGUCCAUUCCUCAUACGCGGACCGCAAAAUCAAACCGCCGUGGUUGGCAGCUCGGUUAUCUUUCAGUGUCGCAUUGGUGGUGAUCCAUUACCGGAUGUCCUGUGGCGACGCACCGCUUCGGGCGGAAAUAUGCCAUUACGUCGUGUGCACAUCCUCGAGGAUCGCAGCCUGAAAUUGGAUGACGUUACGCUGGAAGAUAUGGGMGAGUAUAGCUGCGAAGCGGAUAAUGCGGUCGGCUCAAUUACAGCCACGGGCACACUAACCGUACACGCACCACCCAAGUUCAUCACACGCCCCAAAAAUCAACUCGUCGAAGUCGGUGAUGAAGUGCUCUUCGAAUGUCAAGCCAGCGGCUAUCCCAAGCCCACACUCUACUGGUCGGUGGAGGGCAAUAGCUCGCUACUCUUCCCCGGCUACAAAGAUGGACGCAUUGAGGUGACGCUAACGCCCGAGGGUCGUUCGGUACURUCGAUAUUGCGUUUCGCACGCGAAGACUCCGGCAAAGUGGUGGUUUGUAAUGCCUUGAAUGCGGUUGGUAGCGUAAGCAGUCGUACCGUUGUCACGGUGGACACACAAUUCGAAUUGCCACCGCCAAUUAUUGAGUUGGGUCCCGUCAAUCAAACGUUGCCGGUGAAAUCGAUCGUAACGCUGCCGUGUCGCACCAGCGGCACGCCAACACCACAAGUCUCUUGGUAUUUGGAUGGCAUGCCAAUCGAUGUGAACGAGCAUGAGCGUCGCAAUCUCUCCGAAGCGGGCACACUCACCAUUGCCGAUUUGCUGCGUAAUGAAGAUGAAGGCCUGUAYACGUGUGUGGCGAGCAAUCGUAAUGGCAAGUCAUCGUGGAGCGGUUAUCUACGUUUGGAUACGCCAACCAAUCCGAAUAUUAAAUUCUAUCGUGCACCGGAGCUCUCCACACAUCCGGGACCGCCGGGUAAACCGCAAGUUGUGGAGAAGACCGAAGAUUCGGUGACAUUAUCGUGGACGCGCAGCAAUAAGGUGGGCGCCUCCAGUUUGGUCGGCUAUGUGGUCGAAAUGUUCGGCAAGAAUGAGACCGACGGUUGGGUGGCUGUGGGCGCACGCAUACAGAAUACCACCUUCAUGCAGGUGGGCAUGGUGCCGGGCGUUAACUACUUCUUUGUCAUAAGAGCGGAAAAUUCACAUGGCCUGUCGCUGCCGAGUCCGAUGUCGGAGCCGAUUAAUGUGGGCAUGCGUUUCUUCAAUAGCGGCCUGGAUUUGAGUGAAGCACGCGCCAGCCUGUUGUCCGGCGACGUAGUGGAACUAAUUAACGCCAGCAUCGUAGACUCGACAAGCAUGAAAUUGACGUGGCAGAUAAUCAACGGCAAAUACGUGGAAGGCUUUUACAUCUACGCGCGUCAAUUACCAAAUCCGCCAACAAGCACCGCAGCCGCCGGUAAGGAGCGCGGCAGCGCGAAUGCCAAUCCAUUGCUGGCAGCUCGUAGCGGCAGUUCGUCCUCGUCCUCAGCCUCUGCGUCAGCUGACGCUGCGACGGCCGCAUUGAUUUCGGCUAAACCAAAUAUUGCCGCUGCCAGACGUGAUGCGACCGUUAAAAAUGCCGCCACCGCAACCAGCAGCACCACAUAUCGCAUGCUAACGAUAUUGAAUGGCGGUGGCGCCUCCUCCUGCACCAUGACUGGCCUGCUGCAAUAUACGCUAUAUGAAUUUUUCAUUGUACCCUUCUACAAGUCGGUUGAGGGAAAGCCGUCGAACUCGCGUAUUGCACGUACACUCGAAGAUGUCAUCAACGAGACACCAUUCGGCAUGGAAGCUGUGCUAUUGAAUUCCUCAGCGGUAUUUUUGAAAUGGCGAGCACCAGCAAUGAAGCCACAACAUGGCAUCUUACUAUUCUAUCACGUGAUUGUGCGUGGUAUUGAUACGGCGCACAAUUUCUCACGCAUACUAACAAAUGUGACCAUUGACUCUGCCUCACCCACGCUGGUGUUGGCCAAUCUAACGGAGGGCGUGAUGUAUACAGUUAGCGUAGCAGCUGGCAAUAAUGCUGGCAUUGGACCUUAUUGUGCGCCCGCAACGCUGCGCUUGGAUCCAAUAACCAAACGGCUGGAUCCGUUCAUUAAUCAACGCUACCCCAUCAAUCAGGACCAUGUCGACGAUGUGCUCACACAACCUUGGUUCAUUAUUCUGCUCGGCGCCUUUUUGGCCAUGAUGAUGCUCUCACUCGGSGCAAUGGUUUUCAUUAAACGCAAGCACAUGAUGAUGAAACAAUCGGCAUUGAAUACAAUCAGAGGCGCACACCCAACCGAUGUGCUCAAAAUGCCUAGCCUGUCGCGCAACGGUAACGGUUAUUGGUUGGAUGCAUCCUCCGGUGGCAUGGUGUGGCGUACAUCGCCCUCAGGUGACACACUGGAUCUGCAAAAGGAUCAAAUCGCCGACUAUGCACCUGUGUGCCUGACAAAUGGCACUGUUGGCGUGAAUAGCGGUGAAAGCGGCAGUGGUGUGGGCGAACGCAGUCAGCAAAGAUAUGUCGGCGAAUACUCGAAUAUACCCACUGACUACGCGGAAGUGUCCAGUUUCGGCAAAGCGGCCAGCGAGUAUGGCUGCGGUGGCACGCAACGACACGAGACCAGCUCGCCAGCGCCCUACGCUACAUCGGCCAUAUUGAAUGGCGGCGGUCAACACCAGCAGCAACAACAACAGCAGCCGCGUUAUCAGCAACGGCCAGGCGAUUUCCGCAUGCAACAACAACAACUGCAGCAGCAGCAACAACAACAGCAACAGUUCCUCCAGCCACAUCAAAGACCCAUGCAUCCACACUAUCAGCAGCAGCAGCAACAACAACAACAACAACAACAACACUCUUUGGGCAAUAUUUACCAGCCGAUGUCGGUGGCCAGCGAAACAUAUCCGAGCAACUCGAGUAAUCGGUCCGCCUAUUCGGAGCAAUAUUACUAUGCCAAGGAGAAGAUACAUAUCACGGAGAACAAGUUGAGCGGCUGUCACACCUACGACACGGCUGGUGAGCAACACCGACAACAACAACAACAGCAACUGCAGCUACAACCUAUGCAGCAGCAAUUUAACGGUGUUGGCACGUUGCGCCGGCAACAUGGCACCGGUGCCGGCAGUGGACGCUUUAAGGUUAUCAUGCAGCAGCAACAACACCAGCAACAGCCCAACUUGAGCAUUGAGAAGCAGCAAGUGCAGAAAAUGAAUGCUUUGAACAACAACAAUAACCACAAUGGCAAUGGCGUUGGCCAUGAUAACGGCACCACAGAUUUGUCGAAAAAUUUGCUGGAUUUAGAUGCCGGCUCAUUCUGUUACAAUGGCCUCGCCGACUCCGGUUGCGGUGGCUCACCCUCACCCAUGGCCAUGCUGAUGUCACACGAGGACGAACAGGCACUGUACCACACGGCAGACGGUGACUUGGAUGGCGACAUGGAGCGUCUGUAUGUGAAGGUGGACGAACAACAGCCGCAGCAGCAUCAGCAGCAGCAUAAGCAACAGCAGCAACAACAGCAACACCUACUGCCUUUAACGCCCUCAAAUCAAGUGCAUCCCAGCGUGGCCAUCACACUCAGCGCCAACAACAGCGGCAACAGUUGGCGCACAACAAGUCAACAACAGCAGCAACAACAAACACAACAGCCAUUCGUGCGCGCCGCGUAUCGCGCCGGCAGCGGCAGCACUAACCUGAUGAUGACCAGCAGCAGCAGCAGCGCCGCCAAGAGCAACACCAGUAGCAUUGGUGGCAGCAGUUCGCUGAGUUCGUGUUCGGAGAGUGCGGAAGAACGUCAGCAACAACAACAUAAGAUGUUGCAAGGCGGUGAUUGUGACUUGAUUUAUGCGCCCAGCAGUGUGGCAAGUGAACGUAGCUUGUUGAGCAGCAGCGGCAGCGGUUGUGGCAGUGGCAGCGGUGGCAGCAUGUCGGCUCAUCCGCAAGGGCCGCUGGUGUGACCGGUAACGCAGUGCGUUAGCGUGA